AUGGCGUUGUUGGCAGAACAGAAGAGGAAAUCGAGAUUCGGGUUGGAUCCACGGAAUACAAGUUGGAGUAAUGACACCAGCAAAUUUGGCCAGCGUUUGAUGGAGAAAAUGGGGUGGGAGAAAGGCAAAGGUUUGGGUGCUAAUGAAAAUGGAAUCACAGAACAUAUCAGAGCUACUUACAAGUCUGAUAGCAGAGGUCUAGGCUGUACACCCCAGGAUGCUGAUGCCUGGAUUGCCCACCAAGAUGAUUUCAAUGAUCUGCUAAAAGCCUUAAACUCACAAAGUGAAGCAGGCAGUCAAGAGGAGAAGGUAGAAAGGACAGAGCAUGUAGAUGGUCGUAAGCGAUACCACGGUAGAUUUGCUCGAGGUCAAGUACAGACGCUGAGAAGCACAGAAGAUUUGGACUGCAUAUUUGGCAAGAGAAAAGGAAAAUCUAAAACAGCAGAACCAGAUGAACAACCAGCGCCUGAGCCAGAUUGUGGUGAUGGUAAAGAGGAGAAGAGCCAUGGUCUAACAACAGUGACCAGCACAAGCAGCGUGCAGGAGUACUUUGCCAAGAAGAUGGCAGAAAUGAAAGCCAGGAAAGAGGUCAACGCCAGAGAGGAUGACAGCAGUGAGACUUCUCCAAGGGGAAAGGAUGGUGUUAAUUGUGAAAAGAAGAAGAAGCAGAAGUCAUCGAUGUUUGGCAGUGUCAGUUUCAGUUAUGAUGAAGUGAAAGAAGUUUCAGGUUCGGCCGGUGUUGAGAGAGCAGCUGGCAAGCCUUGUAGAGGAUGGUACAAAGAUUUUUUAGAGAAUCAAUCUGGUAAUGUUGAAAACAUAGAAGUUAAGGACAAGUCUUCGAAGAAAAAGAAAACAAAAAGUGAUAUUGAAGAUAAUGACUUUGAAGAAAAGGUUAAAAUGUCACACAGUAAAAAACAGAAGAAAAAGAACAGGGAUAAGGUGCUAGACGAUUCUCUUGCAGUUGUAAAUUCCUGUUCAGUUUUAGAAUCACACAAAUUACCUUCAGUGGCUGAGGUUGCAGAAAAUAAGCAGUCUAAGAAAAAGAAGAAGAAUAAAGACAGUGAAGCUGUAUCAGUGUAUACAGGUGUCAGUACAGAAAAUAUUAAUGUGGAAAAAGAAGAUGUAAAGAAACAGAAGGAAAAAAGAAAAGCGUCUACAAAAGAUGAGGGUAAAGACAAAAAACAGUCUAAGAAAAAAAAUAAAGAGAAUGAAGCAGUACCAGCUGCAUCCGUAUGUGAAGGUGUCAAUACAGUAAAUAUAAGUGAGGAACAUGAAGAUAAAAAGAAACAGAAGAAGAACAGAAAAGCGUCUAAUAAGGAUGAGAUUGAAGUUAUUAGUUUGAACAAGUGUGCUUUAGAUUCUGAUGAAGUUGAUGUGAAUGAGACAGCCAUUGAUGCAAUCAGCUUGAAACAUUCAUCAAAAAGAUUGGUCACUCACAACAAUGACGACAAUAAGCAAGAGAAGGAAAUCUCAGGCUCUACUGGACAUAAGAAAAAGAAUAAGAAGAGAAAGCAGUCUGAAAUAAUUGAUGAAGAAAGUAAGCCUGUAGAGAAUAAGUGUGAUAAUAAUGAUGAGGUUGCAGUCGAGUCCAAGAAGAAAAAGAAGAAGAGAAAGCAUUCUGAAAUAAAUGAUGAAGUAAGCAAACCUGUAGAAAGCGAGUGUGAUAAAAAUGAUGAUGCCACAGUUGAGCCCAAAAAGAAAAAGAAGAGAAGGAAGGGUAAUGAUAAUGAUGCCCAAGACACUGAAGAUCCUGCAGCAGCUGAGCACAAAAGUAACAUUUCCAGUGGAAACCAGAACAUCAUUGAUGUAUCGCAGUCUUCAGAACAGAAACAGAAGAAAAAGAGGAAAAGGAAGAAGAAAUCAAAACCUCUGCAGGAUCAAAGUGUUAAAAGUAAUGCUUUUUUCCCUGGCUCCAACCUUGCAGACAUUGUGGGCUAUGGUCAUAAAUCAAGAGAAACUAAGAAAUGUUCAAAGGAAGACAGCAAAAGUUCCAAGCAGAAAGUAUGA